GAGCGCAGCCCGCCUCUCCUCCGUGAAGGACAGCAGAUGUCUGUCGCCGCCGCUCGUGUGUCGCUGACUCACAGUCGCUCCCUCUCCGCCGCGCUCUGCCGCCCCUUGACCCGCCGAACCUUGACCCGUCGCCCCUUGACCCGUCGCCCGUCGACUGUAACCUCCGCUGCUAUGGCCCAGAAAUCGGUCUCGUCGUAUCUUCCGAGCGAUACCUACAACAGCCUGCCCAAGGAUGGUGACCUCACCUUCCUGCACACCAUGCUCCGGGUGAACGACCUCGACGCAACGAUGGACUUUUUCAAGGCUCUCGGGCUCCAGGAGACUCGCCGUAAGGAGUCGGAGAGCGGUAAGUUCACGUUGGUGUUCAUGGCGUCCGCACCCGGCGCUCCCGAGAUCGAGCUCACGUACAACUGGGGCGGAGAAGACUUCGCCCCCCCCUCGAGGAGCAUGGGCCAUCUUGCAUACGCCACGGACGACAUCUAUGCGCUUUGCGAGUCUCUGCAGGCGAAGGGUAUCGUGAUCAACAGGCCGCCCAGGGACGGGAAGAUGGCGUUCGUGAAGAGUCCCGACGGCAUCAGCGUCGAGCUGCUCCAGAAGGGGGAGCCUCUCGAGUCGAAGGAGCCAUGGGCAUCGAUGGAGAAUGUCGGCAGCUGGUGAUGUAGUGUUAGUUUUUGUUGUAAACCCAAACCUGGUAUCUG